UGCGCAGAGCAAGCUCCAUCUUCUCUCCAAAUAGGCAGCGUUCAAGACCCGAAAAUGUCUAAGUCGGAGGUGAAGAAGGAGUCCGGUGAGUCCAGUCCGUCGGAGGCCGCCUGCCUCUGCUCUCCUCCGGCGGCCAAGAACCAGUGCGCCAGCUGCGGUAUGGAGAUCCAUGACCGAUACCUGCUGAAGGUCAACAACCUGAAUUGGCACUUGGGAUGUUUGGAGUGUUCAGUCUGCAGAGCGUCUCUGCGCCAACACAACAGCUGCUACGUGAAAAACAAAGAAAUCUACUGCAAACUGGAUUAUUUCAGUAGGUUCGGCACUAAGUGCGCCCAGUGUGGCCGGCAGGUGUACGCCAGUGACUGGGUGCGGCGGGCUCGGGGCAGCGUGUACCACCUGGCCUGUUUCGCCUGUUUCUCCUGCAAAAGGCAGCUGUCCACCGGGGAGGAGUUCGGCCUGGUGGAGGGCAGGGUGCUCUGCCGCAGCCACUACGACAUCAUGCUGGACAACCUCCGCAGGGCUGCAGAAAACGGCACGGGACUGACUCUGGAGGGGGCGCUGCCCUCUGAUCAGGACGGCCAACCAAAACCAGCCAAGAGAGCGCGGACAUCGUUCACUGCUGAGCAGCUGCAGGUGAUGCAGUCUCAGUUUGCUCAGGACAACAACCCUGACGCUCAGACUCUACAGAAACUGGCAGAAAUGACCGGCCUGAGCAGACGAGUCAUACAGGUUUGGUUUCAAAACUGCCGGGCGCGACACAAAAAGCAGCCGCCGCAGAGUGGCUUCUCUCAGAGCGCUCCGAUGUCCAGGAUGCCUCCAUCGCUGCCAGAUGAAAUCCACUAUUCACCGUUCAGCAGCCCGGACCGACCACAUCUGCUGGCUCUGCACGGAUACCUGGACACUCAUCCCUUCUCCGUCCUCGCCGCCCCGGGACACUUGACCCACCCGUCCAUCUCUUUACCACAGCUUCCCAUCAGCCGCUGACC